UAAUAAUUUUAUUUAAAUUAAGUUAUUCGAUAAUUUGAGUUAUCCAAAAUUUUUUAAGAUGUUUGUGACAAUUAGAUGAAAAAAAUUUUUUUGGUGAAAUUUUUAGAUAAAAUUUUUUAUGCAGGAACAGAAAACAACACAUUUUUAAAAAGAAUAUAAAAUUAUAAAAAAAAAGUUUCUAUUUCUUCGUAUGCAAAUAUUCACUUUAUUUUUCAAUUAUUUCAGUGUUGCGAAACUGCUUUAAAAUUACUUGUGAAAUGUAUUCUUGGAUAGUUAAUUUGCUAAUUAGUGCAUAGCGUAAAAUAAAAUUACCUAGUGAAUUUUUGAUGUUGGAUUAGGUUACAAUACGUAUUGAAACUACCACUUUGAAAAGUAAUUUUAUCAUUUUCAAAAAUUAAAAAGCAAAAUAAAAAAAUAUUGCAUAAAAUUUGAGUGAAAAUUUAUGUAAACUUCAUUUGUUACUCAAAUAUUUUGAUUUUAAUCAAAUAAUUUUUUAAAAUUUAUUAUAAUGAGCAUAUAAUAUGGAACCAGCAGAUUUCUCCAUUACAAGUAAUAACAGUCAGGAUGAAGCUUCAGACUUCGUUGGAUAUUCAGGAGAGCAUAAAUUACAUAGCUCAUCAGGUUCUAAUGGAAAUAAAAUUAAUACUAAUAGAUGUGAGCUGAUCAAACAACAAUAUGACCAAGCAAUGAUAGAGCUAAACGCGGUAAGGAGGCAAUGUUCGGAAUCAGCCCGUCGUUCAGAUGAAAUGGCUUCUAUGCUUGGAUUUUAUAAAGAGCAAUAUAUAGCUGCCAUGAAGCAAUUAGAAUCAUCUGCUGAAGAACACAAUAAGUAUACAGAGGUAACAAAGGAAAAUGCUAGACUAUCUCAACAGAAUAUGCUUCUUGAAAGAAAUUUGCGUCGCUUAAUGGAUUCAGUUAAACAACAAGAGGGGGAAAAUGAAAAUGAGGAGGCAAAUCAUUCUAUUCCAUUUUAUAAUUAUUCUUAUCGAGGAAAUAACGGUAAUAGUGGUUGUCCAGUAGUUGAUUUUUCCAAUUCUAAUAGUAACAGUAAUGCAAAUAAUAAUACUGUAACGUCUACUCAAAAGUGCGAUAGCUCAUGUUACGUUAAAUAUGAAAAAUUUAUUGAAGAAGCUCAAUUAUUUAAGAAAAUGUAUUCUGACAUGUCAAAAGAAAGAAACAAUGUCGCUGUUGAAAGAGAUAAACUACAUAUACAACUAUCAGCAACUAUAGAUGAACUAGAUAAAUCGAAGAAGGAGUUUAAGGUUUAUAGAGAUAAAAAAGAUCAGUUCAUUUCCCAACAAGAAAAAGAAAUGGAAGAAAUGCGAUCAGUAAUGCAAGCUCGAGCAAAUGAACUCCUUACUACAAAAUUUCAUAGAAAUCAUUUAAAAGAAGAAUUGAAUCAGAUUCUAUCUGAAAGGGAUAACGUACUACAAGAGCAUCAAAAAAUGAGUGAUGAUUUAACUGCAACAAAAAAAGAAUUGGACCAGAAAGUUAAAGAUGAAAUCAAGUUGCAAAAAAUCAUCGACGACUUACACAAAAAAAUUCAAUUAUUGGAAGCACGGGAAAGUUCUUGGAAUGCAGAAACGCAAGAAAACCAAACAAAGGAAUUAGAAAAAUUGAGGAAAGCUUAUGAAAAACUUAGAAAUGAAAAAGAAAAGUCAGAUAAAGAAACUGAUAUAGCAAAGAGUAGACGGGAUUGGGCGAUUUCAGAACGGGAAAAAAUAGUUCAAGAAAGAGAUUCAGUAAAGCAUUUGUGUGAUGAGUUACGCCGUGAAAGGGACACGGCAGUGUCAAAUUUACUGGGAGCUAUACGAGAUAGCGAAGAAAUUAAAAAACAAAAUGAUGAAUCUCAACGGAAAAUUGAAAGUCUAAAAGAACAGCUAGAACAAAGAAUUAAUUCAAAUUCGACUUCAAGACAAAGUUUUCGAUGGAGCUCCUUUGAAACGGAUGAUGUAUUAGAAGUCGAAUUGUGUAACUACAGAGAGGAUGACGAUAUUGGCUUAAUUUUAGACGAUACGCAUAACAAACAAUUAGUGUGUGGCAUAACUAAUUGUUCCCCAGCUUUUGGAAAACUUAAAGUAAAUGAUGUAAUAGUAAAGGUUAAUGAUCUAGAUUGUCAGGCAAUUUCUAAACGAUUGGUAGUUGAUGCAAUAAGAAGUAGUUCUCCAAGAUGUUUACUUCUUGUUCAGCGACCAAAACAAACAAAACGCCAAUUAUACACAGUUCAUUUGAAUUUGCAGACUAAUCAAAAUAUUGGUAUGCACGUAGAAACUGGUGUUUUCAUAUCGAAGAUAGAAAAAAACUCAAUAGCUAGUUUUGAACCAGAAUUAGAUGUUGGGGAUAGAAUUUUGAGUAUUAAUAACAAAUCAAUGCAGGGUAUUCAAUCUGCAAAAGAAGUCAUGAAAAUAUUGGAUGAUCAUAGACACGAUUCGUUAACAAUAGUAGCGUUAAAAAAUGUUCAGGAAGGAGGAAAUUCAUGCAUCAAUGGCUUAAAAAAUAGAAGAAUGACCAAUACCUCUGCCCAAACGGACUCUAAUGAAUCAAUGCACAAAGUGACAUCUUCAUCAAAGCAACCAUUUUUUACCGAAAUGAUAAACAAAUUUAAGAAAAUACACAUAACUAAAUCCGGACCAGAGGUGGAUCACUUAAGCCAAGAUAGUGCAACUGGUGUUUUAGCGGCUUUGGACUCAGUAAUUGAUGAAAAUUCCGAAAAGCAUAUCUUCAAAAGAAGUAAAAGAAACAAAAAAGAAAAAGAUACUGGAAAAAGUAUGGGUACUUGGCCUAGAGCCACGAUAAUAAAUUCUACACAAGAAAAUCCAACUGGUACAAUAGUGCACCGGAAAAAAGAACGAAUUCCCGUCCUAUCCGUAUUUACUGGAGGCGGUGGAGGUACGAUUGAAAUUGAUAGUAAUGGAAAUCAGUUAAACAGAGUACCACAACAUGGCAGCUCAAGUAGUUCAACUGGCUCCAACGCAAAGCCGAAACCUAAUCGAAACUCAAAUCCAAUCCCAUUGAAUUUAUUUCAAACAAAUCCGUCUGGUGCAUUUUCUCAUAGACAUUCAGUGUAUACUUCAAAUUUCGAUCCUGAGUCUCUAAUAUUGGAGCAAUCAAAAUCGGCCUUUUCUCCCCCUCCAUCUCAUACUAAAAAGAAUUUAGACGCAAAUUUAAGGAUCAAAAUGCCUGCAGAUAAAUACGGAACGGUUGCCACAAAUCGUCAUCACGCCAAUAACACCAUACAUUAUCAAAAUCGAUUGAGCCUUAAUUUGACACCAUCCGAUAAUAAUUUAUACAAAAAUAGCGGUCAAAUGACGCAGCAGCAACAUCACCAACAAAAUCAUCACCAGUCAUAUCAACCUAAUUCAUUGGAUUUUUUAGGUAAAAAACAAGUAAUUGACCAAACACCUGGUCUACCAGGACAAAUGGCACAGCAUUCAAAAUCUCCUUUUACCGGAAUAAAUUAUGAAAUAAAAUCUCAUCCAUCAGGUUUAACCACAGGAAACCCAAAUUAUUAUGAUGUUAUUUCACUCAAAUCGCAAAACUCUAUAGACUCAUUUUUAAUGCAAAAGACUCCCCUAAGUUUACAAGACCGCUGUAAUAAUUUUGCAAAAACUCAAGUUAGCAGAAGUGUUUUAAAAUAUCCAAGUGAUAGCGAAAGUAUCGGCACAGAUACUGUUUUAUCGCACGGAAGUACUGUGAGCUCUCAAAACCCUAGUGUAACACAAAACCAGUUUUUUCUGAAUACCCAUUCAGGCGUAACUUCAUUUAAUAGACACACGCCAAUAUUUUCAACAAAUUUUCCUAAUCAUAUGUACAAUUCUCCAAAGAUGAAAACAUCAAAUACUCUGGUAGUACCAAUUAACCCACAUUCAAUAGAUCAUACCCAAACUUCUGUUAUAAAAAAUCCUGUCAUAACUGAAAUUUCUGGUGGAAACAACUCAAUCGGUCAUAUUGGGGGAAGCUCAUCAUCAGAUAAAUUUGAUAUGGACUAUUCUCCAACACCAAUAGUACCAAAUCAUCAUUUAUAUAACUCAACAAUUGAUUACCAAUUUAAAAAUCAAAUCAUACCUAUGAAGAAUAGUAUGAUCAACAGCAUGGUUGAAACAAGUAGCUCAAUAAUGCCUACACGUGAUCAUGACGAAUGUUCUAGUGGUUAUAAUCCAAUAUAUGAAGGCGGAACUUUUCCAAGGAAAAAAGAACAUCAACGUUUUCGAAUACCAUCUAAUCAUAGCGUUACAAGCAAAGGCAGUGGCGUUAAAAACAGCACUGGUUCAAUUGAUCACCACAGUGAACGUGGUAGCCCAAUGCCUACCGUACAUGUAGAAAUACUAAGCCAUGGUGCACAAAAAAGGAACUCAAAUAUUUCAGAUUUUUUAUGUCCAGGCGAUUUAAGAAGAGUAACAAUUGACAAAAGUGACAAAUCGCUUGGUAUUACGAUCUUAUGCAAUAAUAACGGAAACGGAAUUUUUGUGUCAUCGGUGCAAGAAAAAAGUAUAGCCAGUAGAGCGGGAUUGCAAAUUGGAGAUCAACUUUUAGAAGUUUGUGGAAUUAACAUGAGACAAGCUACAAGUGAAAUGGCAGCUCAAGUCUUACGUCAAUGCGGAAACUCAAUUACUAUGUUAGUUCAAUAUAAUCCAGAAAAAUACGAUGUGUAUAAUAAAAUGGAUACAGAGCAAUUAAAUCAUUCAGGAUCUCCUACGCCUAGAAACUCUCCUCGACCAGCCGUGCGUCCAUCAAUUGCCACGUCUCCUCCUACUUCUUCUGUUACAUUAUCUUCUUUAUCUAACACAGCUCAGAAACCAUCUAACAUGGUUUCUGUUCCAAUGAAAAGUCAGAAGUUUGCGGAUAGCUUAGAGAAUCAGUCAGAUCAUUCAAGUCAAGCUGACAUAUCUGGCAGUAUUUUUGAAGAAGAUCCUAGAUUUAUAACUUUGCCAAACCAUAAAAGCAAAAAUCUGGGAAUCAAAUUAUUUGGUGGCAAUAAGGUUGGUAUAUUUGUCCAUGACGUCCAACCUGACUCUCCUGCUUAUUUAGCCGGAAUUCGAAAAGGCGACCAAAUAUUGGAAUAUAAUGGAGUCAGUUUAAGAAAUGUAACUGCCGAGCAGGCAGCAAAUGAAAUUUCAAAUAAAAUAACGGAUACUGUUACCAUGUUGGUUCAAAAUAACAUUCAAAAGCUAAAUAUGAUACAAGAUAAAACUGGAGAUUCCUUUUACAUUCGUGUUGGAUUCGAUCGCACUGGAGAUUUGAAUGAUAAUGAUCUUCGUUUUAUAAAAGAUGACGUUUUAUAUGUGGAUAAUACAAUAUUUGGUGGCAAUUUCGGACAAUGGAGAGCUUGGACUUUAGAUGAAUAUGGUCAUAAAAGGGAGUGUGGUUUGGUUCCAAGCCAAGCAAAGGUUGAGGAAGAACUUAGAUUAUGCAGUGACGGUGUAGAAUGUGAAGGAGGUAGUACUCGCCGUGGAAACACAACCGCACGCAGAUCAUUUUUUAGAAGGAAAAAACAUCAACGCAGUUCGUCUAGAGAUUCCAAGGAACUUGCAAGCUUUAGUAACACACAAUUGAGUUAUUUUUCUGAUUCAGGAAUGUUAAAUGACGACGGUGGAAUUUUGAGUUAUCAACGUGUUGAAAGAUUAGAUUAUCCUACAUGUCGACCAGUGCUAGUAUUAGGGCCAUUAGCUGAAUAUGUCACUGAUCGUCUUACUAUUGAUUUUCCUUUAUUAUUUCAACACUGUAUUAAAAAACAGAUGGAUUAUUCAGAAGAUGUGAUGAAGGAAGGAAUACAAAAAAAUAUAUUCGUUGACUAUCGUCGUAAGGGUAAUAAAUUCGAAUGCACAACAGUAGAAUCUAUCCGAAAUAGCUGCAAAAACAAUCGGCAUUGCGUACUUGAUAUUUCAAUAACUGCUGUUGAACGCUUACAACGAUUACAAAUUUAUCCGAUUGUAUUACUACUUCGUUUCAAAUCAGCAAAACAAAUUAAAGAAAUUAAGGAUCCACGUUAUUCAACUGAUAAAAUAUCAGCAAAAGCUGCUAAAGAAAUGUUCGAACGUGCCUUAAAAUUAGAAGCGGACUAUAAGCAAUAUAUAUCAACGGUUAUUCCUGCUGGGGUCAAUAUAACACACAUGAGUACACAGAUCAAAGCUUCUGUAGAAGAAGAACAAUCAAAAGUUUUAUGGGUACCCAUUUCAGGUUGCUAAAUAUUCGUAUUUGGCUUGAAAUUUAUUUAUGAAAAAAAUCAUUUUUACCAAUAUCAAUUUUUUGUUUAAUUAUUUGGGUAUUAUUUAUUCGUAAUUCAAUUUAUAGUGGAAACUUUUAAAUAGAUGGUGCUAAAAUAACAUUAAAAGUUUUGAUAUAAAUUUUUAUCUAAAACUUAUAACAUUGUUUAUAAAACGCAAGAAAUGCCUUAAUAUGUUUAGUAUAAAAAAAAAAUAUGCUAAACCUUUAUCUUUAUAUGACAUCAAUAUUUUUUAAAUUUUUAAAUCGUAAUAAAAAACUUGAAAAUUUUAUUUUCUAUUUUUGUAGUAUUUAAAUGUAUUAACUAAUUAUAUUUAAAGGGAAAAGUGCAAAAAAUUUU